CGCGGCGGGACAGGGCGGGGUGGGACAACAAGCUUGAUUGGGAUGCGCGCGCCGCUCAGGACCGUCGUGAGUUCUGGGCUUACCGAUCGUUAAUUGUGUGCCACCACUGGGACACAAUCGUUGUGCUCUCACGUCGCGUUGAAUUGUCCUGCAGAGAUGAAAUGCUAUUUCCAGCGAGCUCCGAGGUUCUGCUAGGCAUCCUCGGAGUGAUAGUUGCGGUCGCGACGCCGGUGAACGUUUGGCAUCAAGCAUAUCAGCCUCCGUGGAAGCACGUCUGUCCAUGCGCGCACAGCACGCGCCUUGCUCUGACUUGGGUCUCUGGGCGGGAGCUGUGCGCGGCGCGCCGCCGCUCCCGACGCCAUACACUGCAUCAGCGCGCCGGAUGACCAGCAGUACGAAAGCUCGGACGGAACACAGCGUCGUGGGUUCAGCAUGGCCGACGAGAGUGGCGGAUUGACUCGAGUGCGAUGCUAGGCGCCGGCGCCCGGGGCACCAAAUCGGGCAAGGGAGGUCACGUGGGGUGGGGCACUGGGUGGUAUUAUACCCCGCGCUUUGUGUCUGCGGAGGAUCACCCUUUGUCCUUCCGACUCCAUCCCGGCCAGUCGCUCCUCCUCGUCUCCGCACUUAAGCUCGUCCAUGUCCUGCGCUGUGGCCCUCCCGACCCCUGCGUCCCCGACCUCCCACAUCCCGCGGAAACGCACCAUGUCCUUCUCGACGCCCGCACCUCUCAAGUCCGCCCGGACCUCGCUUCGCCGCACGGGCUCCUACCUCUCCCUCGCGGACAUGCAGGCCGCCGAGUACACGCCACUCUAUGGGCGAGACGGGCCGACAAAGUCCUACACCGCCCUUGACAGUCUCGUUAUCGGCCAGUACGACCAGCGGAUGCGCACCCCCAGACGGAGAACGACGCCGUUGCGUUCGCCGACCCUCCAUACCGCGCCCGCGACGCCACAACCCUCGUCGUCCCAGAUCCUCAUUCUCACCUCCCGCCGCACCGUCCCACGUCCGCGCACAUCCUCGCCACUCGCCCCGGUGCAGCGCACGCUCGGCGAGCGUCCCUCACUGCCCUGCACCAAGAAGCGCGAGCCAGACCUAUACCGCGCCGCGAUUGAGACGCGCAUGAAGCUCUCGCCCGUCGGGCGGCACAUUCUGCGCAUGGGGCCCAGGGUUGCGCUCUCCAUCCUCUCCGCGACGGAAGCCCUCGAGCACCUCGUCGCCGAUGCGGACCCGCAGUGGCGUGGCGACUCGGCGCUGGGCGCCUCGUGGGUCGACGUCAGUCCGGAAGAUUGGGAAAUGGUCGACCACAGCCUCUAGGCGCAGCAGUCGCGUUCCCUUUUCGCCUUCGACGCGCGGCGCGGGCUGCGCAGCCACGUCGUCGCCCUCGUCCCGGGGCUCGUGCGGACGCGCGGUGCGUGCGUGGCACCGGCUCCCGCGAGAUACUCCGCGGCUCUUUUUGCACGGGCGAAGGCGUCGGCGCCUCCUCGCUCGCAUGACUUAUUCUUUUCGGGUCUCCCACGCGACUUCCUCUCAUCCGGCCGGGCUCUAUGUGUUGGAGCAGUUAUCGUUUCGUUUGAAGAAUAUAUCCCUGGACUUGUAAAAUACCGUCGCUUUGUAUGACCAUUACCCCCCUCGCUUUGUAGUACUUCGUCGUAUACUCAUCUGUACAGCACCGUAACCUCCCACCAUGCGCCACCACACCCCUUGCCGCCUAAUACC